CAAUAUUUGUUAGAACUGAUGCAUGAACAUUGGCAACUCUUUCAUAGCGAGUCCGAGCUUCAUAUUUUGAGAUAUUAUGCUAACGUUGCCCAAAAAAUGACAAAAUAUUACUCAGUGUACAUUAACAUAUUCGUUGCAAUAUUUAUGUCAAUACCUUUAAUGCCAAAAAUUCUAGAUGUCAUAAUACCAUUGAAUGAGUCACGACCAUCUAUAUAUGUGAUUGAGGGAGACUGGGGAGUAGACAAAGAAAAAUAUUAUUAUCCAAUUAUGUUGCAUUCCUAUCUUGCAGUUAUAAUUAGUACUAGAUGUAUGGUGAACGUAGAUACCAUGUAUAUAGCAUGUGUAUUACACGGUUGUAGUUUAUUUAAUGCUAUCGGCAACCGUCUUGAAAAUAAUUUCGAUAAGGUUAAACUUGCAAAAAAUGAGACCCAAAUGAAUAAAAAACACUCAAUAAUAAAGGAAUAUAAUUCUGAAGAUUAUCACGAAAUGAUUGCAUGCUUAAAAAAACAUCAACUUGCAAUAGAAUUCAUUCAAUUCUUAGACUGUACAUUUCGAAACGCGACGUUUGUCAUCUUGACUUUAAAUGUAAUGAUUCUAAGUCUAGUUGGAUUACAACUUAUCAAUAAGUUCGGACAAACACAAGAAGUAAUAAGAUUUGCAUGCAUAGUCAUGGGAUCGGUUACUCACCUCGCGAGCAUAUGUUUACCCGGACAACUACUUUUGGAUAGUAGUUUAGAAGUGUUCGAUAAAGCGUAUAAUGCACAAUGGUAUAUGUUUUCACUGAAAACGAAAAGGUUAUUGAGCAUACUUUUACAUAGAAGUUUGGUACCUUGCAUAUUGUCGGCUGCAAACAUGUACAUUAUGUCGAUGACUACAUUCAGUUCAGUGAUGCAAACAGCCAUGUCAUACUUCACAACCUUUUUAUCAGUGAGCUAAAUAUGUAAACA